AUGCUUAAUACAGGCUUAGCAAUCGGCGUUGAUGAUUUGGUUAAUUCAGCGAAUUGGCACAAUUGGCGCUCACCUGUUCUUCAUGAGUUGCGAUCUGUAUUUGAUGGUUAUCAUCAACAUGAAAGUUCAACAUCCCCCAUUAAAAUCAACCGAAGUAAUGUGCAAUAUGAAUUUACUGAAGAUGAUCUCGGUACAAUUAUUAUGAUUUCUAUGCCCCAUCAAACUGAUGGAAAAUUCUUGGCUCAGCUUAUGUCAAAAUUAAAAGAACUGGGUCACUCACUCGAUUCAUUCCUAAUGGGCGACCCAUAUCUGAAAAGCCAAAAUGCGAUUAAUGUUGUACAUGUAAAGGAGCUCAUAGAAAACAAAGAUCUGUCUGGGCUACGUGCUGUUGAAACGCAAUGUAGCGCACAUUUAGCUUGGCCAUUAGUACCAUUUUCAGUUUUAAAAUCAACUGAUGAUAUGUUCAAUGAAGAGCAUUAUCAUCGUUGUCAAGCAUAUCAUCGAUGUUUACGUAUUUCAAUCGACCGAUCUGGAUAUCCGGGAAAGUUAAAACGGUUCGUUGACAUUGUUCAACAAAUUGUAGAAACCAAUGAACUGAUGGAUGCUAUACGCCAACAACAACACUUCAACAACUAUACAUCUCAAUGGCCUUCAACCUAA